UACUGUAGAAUGUAGUAUGGACCAUAGGACAGGACGAAGACCUCCUGUACUGUAGAAUGUAGUAUGGACCAUAGGACAGGACGUUAAGAAGCUGUGGAGGCCUAAGAUGCUCUACUAGUCUGCUGGAAAUCCAAAGAAGACGAAGGAGUCAAAAGCAAAAUGGCGUUUGACAGAGAAGGCCUAAACGUGGCCACUGGCCAUUAUUGUUUCUCUAUUUGUAUUUAGUGCAUACAUGUACGCAUAUAUGUCGUGUAGUAGAUGAAACAUUGUUAGUCAUUGUUUGUAUCCGGAUACAUUAGUCUGAGCGCACUUUAUCAAGUCUUGUGCUAGCUUAGCUUAGCUUGCUAGUUAGCUUAGCUUGUUAGCUGCUAACAAAGAGACGCGGACGUUAUCAACACAUCGCUAAGUAGAGAUCAAAUGUGAGUGUAAAGUGUUGUGAUUGUGUGAAAAUGUGCGAAAGAACGAUAGCAAAGUAUGAGGAGGAACUUUGUCCAACAAAAGAGGAGAAGGAGCGACAACAUCAACUACUGGACGCUGUUUUCAAGAAACAUCAAGUUGUGUUACACAGAACAGACAUUCAGCAGGCCCCCCACAUUAAAGAGGAAGAGGAGGAUCCACAGCCCCCCCACAUUAAAGAGGAAGAGGAGGAAGUGUGGAUCACUCAGGAGGAAGAGUGUCUUCUCGGGCAGGAGGAGGCUGAUCUCAGCAAGUUUCCACUGACUGUUGUCUCUGUGAAGACUGAAGAGCAUGAAGACAAACCACCUGAGUCCUCACAGCUUCAUCACAGUCCAAACGUCUGUGAAGAACAACUUCUGCCUGAAAAACAGGAGUGUAGCUUCAGGAUGGUGAAGGAGGAUCCAUCAAAGAGGAAGACCAGGCGCCACAGACCCUCUGGUGUCUCCUUUUCCUCUUUGACACAGACCCUUCCCUGUAAAAAGGAAGAGGAAGACUCACUGACCCCCCACAUUAAAAAGGAAGAGGAGGAAUACAGCAUCAGUCAGUUGGAGGAGUUCCCAGUGAUUGUGAAGGGUGAAGAUGAUGAGGUCAAAGGUGAAAGUGAGGAGAAGAGCAGCAGCUCAACACAACACAUGACAACAGAAGCUGAUGGAGACCACUGUGGAGGAUCACAAGCAGACAAGCUCUUAGCUCCACUAUCAGAUAGUGAGGACACAACGUCACACUCUCCUGACACUGAUGAUGAAGACUCUAAAGAUGAUAAGACAUGUCACACUGACAACACUCACUUCAAAUGUUCUCACUGUGACAAAACCUUCAAAUACCAUUGGCAUCUGAAAAGACACAUGAGAAUACACACCGGAGAAAAACCUUUUAUCUGUUCAAUAUGUGGUAAAGGUUUUGUAGAAAGUCAGAGUUUGAAAAGACACACAGUAUUACACACUGGAGAAAAACCUUUUAUCUGUUUAAUCUGUGGUAAAGGUUUUGUAGAAAGUCGCAUUUUGAAAGUACACAUGAGAAGACACACCGGUGAAAAACCUUUUAUCUGUUCAAUCUGUGGUAAAGGUUUUGUACAAAGACAACAUUUGAAAUCACACAUGAAAAUACACACUGGUGAAAAACCUUUUGCUUGUUCAAUCUGUGGUAAAUGUUUUGCACACAGUUCAUGUUUGAAAAAACACAGAACAAGACACGCUGGAGAAAAAUCUUUUAUAUGUUCAAUCUGUAGUAAAGGUUUUGUUCUAAGUAACGAUUUGAAAGUGCACAAGAGAACACACACUGGUGAAAAACCCUUUAUCUGUUCAAUCUGUGGUAAAGGUUUCACAGAAAAUCAAUGUUUGAAAGUACACAUGAGAAGGCACACUGGUGAAAAACCUUUUAUCUGUUCAAUCUGUAGUAAAGGUUUUGUAGAAAGUCGCAAAUUGAAAGAACACAUGAGAACACACACUGGUGAAAAACCUUUUUCUUGUUCAAUCUGUGGCGUAUCUUUUAAAAGGAAGGAACAUUUGAAAGUGCACAUGGGAACACACACUGGUGAAAUACCCUUUUCCUGUUCAAUCUGUAGUAAAGGUUUUGUAGAAAGUCGCAAUUUGAACGUACACAUGAGAACACACACUGGUGAAAAACCUUUUAUCUGUUCAAUCUGUGGUAAAGCCUUUGCACAAUGUAACCAUUUGAAAAGACACAUGAGAACACACACUGGUGAAAAACCUUUUCCUUGUUCAAUCUGUGGUAAAGGUUUUACACAAAGUCACAAUGUGAAAGUGCACAUGAGAACACACACUGGUGAAAAAACGUUUUCCUGUUCAAUCUGUAGUAAAGGUUUUUUAGAAAGUCGCAGUUUGAAAGUACACAUGAGAACACACACUGGUGAAAAACCUUUUAUCUGUUCAAUCUGUGAUAAAGGUUUUGUACAAAGUAACCAUUUGAAAAGACACAUGAGAACACACACUGGUGAAAAGCCGUUUUCUUGUUUAAUCUGUGGCUUAUCUUUUACAAGGAAGGAACAUUUGAAAGUGCACAUGAGAACACACACUAGUGAAAAACCUUUUUCCUGUUGAAUCUGUGGUAAAGGUUUUAUACAAAAUCAGUGUUUGAAAAGACACAUUAGAACACACACUGGAGAAAAAUAAAAUUUGUGUUCAAUCUGCAACAGAAGCUUUUGUGAUCUAUCAAACCUUGUAGCACACAUGAGAACACACCCAGGAGAGAAAGUGUUAAGUUGCAGUGUGUGUGGUGAAAGAUUCUCUCAUAAGUACCAGUGUAAGAAACACAAGUGUGCUGGUGAGAACAGCAGCAGCAAAUGAAACUGCAGGAUUUGAAAUAAACUGUCAAGACUUGAAUUUGGACUUUCUAACAUCAGCACAUAUAACACGUGUGACAUUGUUGUUUGUGUAACAAUCUUUUUAAUAUGCUUCUACAUUUAUAGAGUAGGUAUUUUACAUUAGUGCUUUUUUCAGUCAAGUACAUGCAUUCAUAUGCAACAUUGUGUACUUUUAUUAAAAAAUGAACAGAACAAUUUGACUGAAAAGGUGAGAGUAAACAGUACAAGACAUAUUUUACAUAUAAUAAACAUUUUAUGUGUGUAUAUAUAUAUUCAUGAUACAUUUUUAGACUUAUUCAUAAUAGUGUUUUGUAUAGGUGUUGGAAAUAUUGAAGUAUUACAUAAUGUUAUUUCCAUAGAUUAUCACCUUUAUAUGAUAUACAUAUGUACUGGUUCACAUCUGAAACACUUCAGGAAGCAUAUUAUUAUUUACUUUUUACGUCAUUUGAACAGUUGUCUUUUAUACAAUUUUAAAAUGUGUAAUUUUAUGAAGCAUUUGUUGGGUCUUUAUAAUCCAUUUUAUUAAUUAUCUUUAUCACUUUCUUUUGUAAUAUGAUUGUGUUGUGAUUGUUUUAUAUGCAUGUACUCUGAGCUUUAUGCAAUAAAAAUAAA